UUAUUAUAAUUUAUCCUCAUCCAAAACGCUCCCCAUUUAAGCCAACACUAGGGUUCACCUUAUUUACUAAGCAAUUAUGGACACUGCCACAGCAAAUGCAGCGACUGGAAUCCCGGAGGUGGUGCUGAACUCUUCCACCGGCCGAAAGGCCAUGCCCGUGAUUGGCUUCGGCACUGCGGCAGACUCCAAGGAUGGCGCCACCUUGAUAUCGGCAGUCCUGGAGGCAAUCAAGCUCGGUUAUAGGCACUUUGACACGGCUUCCACGUAUGGAUCGGAGCAGGCUCUUGGAGAAGCUAUUGCAGAAGCUCUUAGACUCGGCCUUGUUGGCUCUCGGGACGAGCUUUUCAUUACUUCCAAGCUGUGGCCUUCUGAUGCUCAUGCUGAUCUUGUUGUUCCAGCUCUACAGAAAUCAAUCCGGGCUCUUCAGCUGGAAUACCUAGACCUCUAUCUGAUCCACUGGCCCAUCAGUGUUACACCUGGGAAGUCGGUAUUCCCUUUUGAUGAACAAGACCUGAUGCCGAUGGACUUCGGGUCUGUGUGGGCAGCCAUGGAGGAGUGCCAGAGACUUGGCCUCACGAAGUCUAUUGGAGUCAGCAACUUCUCCUGCAAGAAGCUUGAAAACUUGCUCUCUACAGCCACUAUUCCUCCUUCAGUGAAUCAGGUGGAGAUGAGCCCAGUUUGGCAACAAAAGAAGCUAAUAGAGUUUUGCAAGCCAAAUGGCAUUAUCGUAACUGCUUUCUCUCCUUUGGGAGCAAGUGGAAGUAGUUGGGGAACGAACCAUGUCAUGGAGAAUGAAACGCUCAAGGAGAUUGCGAAAACUCGUGGGAAGACUGUUGCCCAGGUUUGUCUUAGAUGGGUUUAUGAGCAAGGGGUAGCUCCAAUUGUGAAGAGCUACAACAAGGGGAGGUUGAAGGAGAAUCUGCAGAUAUUUGACUGGGCGCUAUCAGGGGAUGACUCUAACAAGAUUGGUCAAAUCAAGCAGCACAAGAUGAUGCUCAAGGAGGAACUUGUUUCUGCUCGUGGACCCUACAAGUCCAUUGAAGAGCUUUGGGAUGGAGAGCUGUAAAAUUUAAGGGACUUCUAAAUUGAGAGGAUGCAUGCUAUAUUGCUAUUCCCUUUCUUUAGAGAGUUUGAAUAAAAGCCUACUAUGUGACAGUUACUGCCUGCCUUGCAUGUAUUUUACCUUUAUUCUCCAACCUUCUCAUCAUCAUCAUCUGUAAGAAUGUCUAUAAAGAUUUCUUCAUGUUUUGAUGAGAAAAGUGAGACGAUGUAUUUUCUUCUUGAUUUGAGUAGAGUAAAAACUCCAAUAAAAAAUGUCAUAUUACUCCAGAAAAA